AUGGAUGCAGCAGCGGCCAAGCAAGUCGGGGCUAGGAUCCUGGGAGAGAUUGAAGAAGAGAGCUUAGAAGAGCUUCUUGACAAUCUGCGGACUGCGUCGCUGCCACAUUCCCAGGGCCAUCCACCCCUCAAACCGCAGAUACCCAUCGCAGCCCUGUCCACGCUGAUUUCCAAACACCAUCAUGCCGAGCAGUCCACUCCACCGCCCCUGCUGACCAUAUCCGGUCGUUUUCUCCCUCUGCUUUACCACAUUGUAUCGACGCUGCUCGCAUCGCCGCACCGAUACGCCGUCGUGAUUGUGGAUGCGGACCAUCGGUUCGACGUGACGCGCCUACUAUCGCCAUCGACUCCGGCCGCGGGCAGUUCGGAACAGGAUGUCGAGGUUGAGGCGGAGGCAGUGGUGAAUCAAGCUCUCCCGGCAAAGCGGCAAGACUUGAGGCAUCUCUACGUGUACCGACCAGCGAGAUCCCGCUUCCGACCCGGCGUCGAGCCCGCCAAUGACUCGCCGCUGCCGGACCAGACUCAGGCGUGCAUCGCCGCGGCCCAGCACCAUAUGCUCUACGGUGCCCAUCCUUCGCGGGACCGUGCUUGGUGGGGAACGAUCGUCGUGGGCGGCGGUGGCGGCGAUGUGAAUACGGGAUGGAAAGGAUGGAUGGAUGUGCGGCGGACCGAGGUUGCGCCGUUUGGGGUUGGUCUGAGUAUAGAGGAGGCAUUGUCGGAGAGGGAACGGCGGCACGAAAGAGUGUCAGAGAGAGGCUGGGAGGGCAGGUGUCGCGAAGGCGUGUAUAGUUGGAAAUGA